GGAAAUGGAAAUGGAAAUGGAAAUGAUAGCUGGAAAAAAAGACAUGGAGAUGUCGAUGUCGAUAUCGAUGUCAAUGUACAUACAUAUAGUCAGAGCAUUACCCCUCAGAUGUAAACGUGCUGUUGUUUCUUCGCCCUUUUCUUCUUCUCCCAGCAGAUAUCAUCCACCCAUCCAUACCUUCGCCAUUGCCCUCUCGACAUUCCAGAUGCUCGGUUUGAUUUCAUUCUAGGAUUCAGUCAUUUGUUUAAUAGUAGCUACAUAAAGUAUCCCGAACCCAACCUCAAUACCACCAACACCUCCACCUUGGGAUAAUUCCUUUUGAUUUUUGGUUGCCAUCCGGACUGCUCAAUUCAAUUGGGAUUCCCUUAGUUGGAACACUAAAGCGGGCUGAUCUGCAUUCAAUUAAUAUUUAGCAAGUUUGGCAUACCAGCCAGGCGCUUUCAUCAUCAUACACACAACCCAACACGAGCCAAAAUCUCCACUUGGACUUUGCCUGAGACCAGAACAGCUUUGCCGCUCCAUAAGUCUCCAACUCUCCAAACUCGCCAUUACUCCAACUUCUCCCUCUCCAUCCCUCGAAACCUCCUCGUGCUCCUCUCCUCCAUCUCCCCCACGAAUUUCCAUUCCCAUUCGCAUAUUUCAUUAAUUGAUAAUGGCGUUCCGUCAACGCCUCGCAAAACCUCUAUUAUACACAAUCGGAGCUACGACAGUCGGUGGUGGUGUCCUCUAUUACACAUACCGACCACGAAACAUCCCGGGCUCAGAUUCCGCCGUCGUUCCUCCCUUCGGCGCAGAUGGCCAUUUUAUCCCUCCCAGAUUCCCCAAGAUCAAGAGCAGAUUAGAACAAAUUGCAGAUUUGAAGAGAAGUGGAGGAUCUCAGGGCUCCAUAAGUGUGCCGCAGAACGAAGACGAUGUAUAUGAUUUAUUGGUCAUAGGAGCCGGAGCCACAGGUGCAGGUGUAGCCCUCGAUGCAGCAACUCGCGGAUUGAAAGUGGCAGUGGUCGAAAGAGAUGAUUUUAGCAGUGGCACAAGUUCCAAGAGUACAAAAUUGGUCCAUGGAGGUGUGCGAUAUUUGGAAAAGGCAGUGUGGGAGUUGGAUUACAAUCAGUAUGCGUUGGUGAAGGAGGCAUUGAGGGAACGAAAAUACUUUUUGGAUACAGCACCACAUUUGUCGAGUUGGUUACCGAUUAUGUUGCCCUUGGAUAAGUGGUGGAAAGCUCCUUAUUACUGGGCAGGUACAAAGGCGUAUGAUUUCUUGGCUGGAAGUGAGGGUAUCGAAACGAGUUAUUUUUUGACGAGGAGUAAGGCUCUUGACGCUUUCCCAAUGUUGAAGAAGGACAAUUUGGUGGGUGCUCUGGUUUAUUACGAUGGUGCCCAUAACGAUUCGAGAAUGAAUGUCUCAUUGGCUAUGACUGCCGCGCUAUAUGGAGGUACAGUGGUAAACCAUCUCGAAGUUACUGGAUUGGAAAAGGACGCCAAUGGAAAAUUGUGCGGUGCAACCGUAAGAGAUCUGAUAGAUGAGAAGGAUGGAAAAUCAUCAAAGGAAUUCAAGAUCAGAGCAAAGGGUGUUAUCAAUGCAACAGGUCCUUUCUGCGAUUCCAUUAGAAAGAUGGAUGAUCAAGGGAUUAAGGAAAUUGUAGCACCAAGUUCAGGUGUUCACGUCAUUCUUCCUGGUUAUUACAGUCCUCAAAAGAUGGGUCUUAUUGAUCCUAAAACCUCAGAUGGCAGAGUGAUUUUCUUUCUUCCAUGGCAAGGAAAUACAAUCGCUGGUACCACAGAUUCUCCAACUAAGAUCUCGUAUAACCCAGUUGCAUCAGAAGAGGAAAUCGAUUGGAUUCUUUCGGAAAUUCGAAGAUACCUUGCUCCAGAUAUCAAUGUUAGAAGAGGCGAUGUUCUAGCUGCUUGGUCAGGAAUUCGUCCUUUGGUUAAAGAUCCAAAUGCGAAGAAUACGGAAUCUCUCGUUAGAAACCAUCUCAUCAAUAUCUCACCCUCAGGUCUCUUGACUUGUGCAGGUGGUAAAUGGACAACUUACCGUCAAAUGGCAGAAGAAUGUGUUGAUGAAGCCAUUUCGGAAUUUGGACUUAAGACUAAGCCAGUAAGAGAUGCACCAGAUGUUUCAGGAACUCAACUUCAUGAUGAUGGUGCUCAUCUCAAUGGUACUUGUCAAACUCAUCAAGUUAAAUUGGUCGGUGCACAUGGAUUUUCGAAAACUCUUUUCAUCAACCUUAUCCAACAUUUUGGACUAGAAACAGAUGUUGCUAAACAUUUGACUGAGAAUUACGGUGAUAGAGCUUGGACUGUAGCAUCCCUUUCUUCACCUACAGAACAACGUUUCCCAGUUAGAGGUGAAAAGAUUUCUCCUCUUUAUCCAUUCGUGGAUGGUGAGGUUAGAUACGCUGUUAGACAUGAAUAUGCUCAAACAGCAGUGGAUGUACUUGCGAGAAGAACUAGAUUGGCAUUUUUGAAUGCACAAGCUGCUCUGGAGGCAGCACCAAGAGUUAUCGAUAUUAUGGCUGGAGAACUUGGAUGGAGCAGUAAGAGAAAGGAGGUUGAGUGGACUGAUACCGUCAAAUUCCUCGAAUCAAUGGGUCUUCCUAAAUCUAAACUCACAGCAACCAGAAAACAGGUUGAAUCAGGGAAGUUGGAAUUCAAAGAUUCGGUAGAAUAUAAGAUGUAUAGUAGAAAUGAUCAACCAGGGGAUGAGUUGGAAAGCGAUCUUAGAUUUGGAGGAAAGGGAGGAUUGAAGAGUGGUGCCGCAGCGGAGAAGUGAGCGGUGUAUAUUGAGGUCGAUGUGAUGAUGUGAUGACAGAUGAAUAGAGGAUAGAAGGAGAGUGGAAGAGGAAUUGUGGAUUUGGAGAAUUGGAGAAUUGAUAUCAAUUAGUGUAUGUAUGUAUGCAUGCAUGGGUUUGCGAUGGAUGGAUGGAUUAUUGUUAUAAGUCUUGAUACUUGAUGUUAGGAUAUUAUAGUGUGGAUAGAAAUGAAUGGAGUGGGGAUGGAAAGGAUGUAUGGAUGGUGUAUGGUGGGUGUAUGUAUUUAUGUAGGUGUGGAGAAAAUGAAAAUGACAAUGGAGAAUUAAUGAAUAUAUUUGGUUCA